UCCUGUAUGUCCACCAGAUGGCAAUUUGGCCGUUAUCGCGCAUGCGCGCUGUGGUUCACACGCUAACAUGGCUGCCUUGGGGAGAUGGUGCUCUACUGCAGCUGCUGCCACCAGCAAGGGUACAAGAUGGGAGAGACUGCGAAACAGUCGUGCAGGUGUGUGGUGCUACAGCCUUCUGCGUGACUAUAAGGAAGCAUGCCGUGAAAUAUUUGUUGGUGCAGUUGAACGGCCUUUCAAAGCCAGUUUUUAUGUGGCCUUGCUUGGAGGUACCUAUGCCUGUUACUACACCAAUCCAGACAGCACAUCUUUUCAGUCUAGAAUACUAGAGACCUCCAACCAGCUUGCCCUCCUCUCUCCGUGGAUCCGUAGUGGCAUGUCGGAUGGGCAUGUGCAGAGCUUGGCCAAGCUGCGCAACGAGGGCCGUUUGCGAUAUAUCAGCCUGGGCAUUGUGUCGUUGACCUACAUGGCAGACUACGACCCUGAGCCCAGCCUGUAUGAGGCACGAUGUUCUGCACUUUCUGUGCCCUGGUCACAGUUGCAUGAACGUGUGUUGGACGUAGGUUUUGCAGGGCGCUGGUGGAUGUUGGAAAAUAAAAUGGGGAACUAUGAUAUAAAUGAGGAGGAGUUCAAGCAUCUCUCUCCUGCCCUUCUGGCCACAGCACCCCCUACACCACAGGAGACAGAGAGAAAUGAGAGACUGCACCAGGAGUCCUGGAAGGCUCUGGUGAUGGAGGGAGAAGAAGAGAUGGACAGUAUGAAGAAAAGUGAGGAGGUAACAGGAAAAGGAAAUGUGAGCAAUACAAAACAGGACAUUUAAUGUGGUUUAUGUGUUUAUGAUAAUUUAGACCUGUCGUCAUGUCAUGUAUGAAUUUGUGUUUAUCAGCCUGGACAGACAUUACCAAACUCUUAUAUUUAUUAUAGUCCUCAAGCAGAAAUUACCUUCUGAGAAAAUGAAACUUAUUGACCCCUUGCUUUCUGGUCUUCUUAUUUUAACUGGCAAAAUGAUGAAUCCUUCAUUUUAUUACAUACAACAACAUUCUUUCUUCAUUCAUUGAAUACAUUUUUGAGGAAUACUCUAAAAUCUUUUGCUCCUCCCACAUGGACAGCUCCUCCUUUACCCCAUUCAUCAAUGCCACUGAGCAGAAUUGAUGUGCCUUGUUGGACUUUUCUCAGCAUAGUGUGACUCUGACAUUAUGGUGCAGGUCUAUUCAAGUAAAAUCUGGAAAGGACUAGUUCCCAAGUCAGCAAUCUACUUCACAUCAGAGGUCAUGUAAAAACAAUUUAUUAUAGACAUAGAUAUUCAGGCACCAUGAGCAACAAUUGUAUGCAAAGAUAUAAAGUAUAGAACCACAUCACACCAUGUCCUGAGGAGGUUAAACAUGAAUCCCAAGACAUCGACAAAGAAGCUGGUGAAGUUGUGGAAAUCAGGUGCCAAAUUAUGUACAUCCACAAUGAUUAAAAGAGUGUUACAUUACCAUGGCCUGUCAUUGAAUGACGACCUGCCUGUCUGAUGAGAUGAAACACAAAUGUAACUGAAAAGGGGUGAGACAUAGAAUCUGCAAAAUACCAUCUGUGAAACACGGGGGUGGCAGCAUCACUGAUUUUAAGCAGAGAUCCACAGCUGUAACAAAAUAACUUUAAGACAACAAAGUGCAACUAUUCACAAAGCACUGACCUGAAUCCUAUAGAAAACUUAAGAAAACAAAACAAAACAAAAAACAUGUUUGUGGAAGAAUGAGCAAAAUCUCCAGCACACUGAGGUCCAAGCACCUGUUCAGGUAAUGCUGCCUAAUGCUAACAAAGCAUAUGCUGAUUUCCGGCACAGUGAAAAUCCGCUCAAAUGGCCGUAACGUUUGUUCCCUACACAGUUCUGCAGUAAAGCAGACAUUGUUGCGUUCUUAUCCUCAAAAGGAAAAGCUUUUUCUUUUGCAUUAAAUCAGGUACUCCUUUCAUCGUUGACUCCUAAAAAACAAAUAAACUUGAUUUUUUAGAUGCAAUACCUUUUGAUGGGAAUUCCAGGAGAAAUCCACUGGCUAUACAUUAGAUUUUGUGCAGCUACCAUCAUUUCUGCUCCCACACAGACACACACUGUUUUCAGAUGGUGGGUAUUGAUCCUGUGGCCCCUCCUGCUGUGUUGACUCUUAUUUCUGAUCAUUAUCUGAUCUCCCGGAAUGGAUUGUAUAUCCUGAUCCUGCAGUGAAGAACGCAAACUGAGAUUGAGGAAAGCGUGUGAUGUGCACUGUUUUAUCAGGGUGCGUGAAUAUAAAUAGUCCUUGACGUCUUAGCUGAGGAAAGUAAACAUUAUGGGCCAAUACUUUUAAUAGGCAUAGAUUAUGUCUCUGUUUGUGACUGACCAGAAUAUUUAUGAGGCUUGCUGGAACAUCCAUAUUGCCUUGUGUGGUUUUUCCUCCCAGUGGAAUACACACAGUCUAGGGUAAGGCUUUCCCUAACUCCUUGUAACCUUAUCCCACUUAGGCAUGGCAAGAAACCCGCUAUAAUGUGUCCAGUGAUGUCAUUAAUGCACAUCUACAAAGUGGCUUUGCUCAGUAAACAUCAUGAGCUGAGAUCUGUUCUCUCAAUAAUUUUAGCACCCUCCAUAAUUAAUCCUGUUUUUAGUUCAGUUAAAGCCUUCUACUGUUCUUGCUGCUGAUAAAGCUCUGAUCCAGUAACAAAACAUUUUACGUACCCGGUCAAAGGAAACUGCAGACAUCCGGUGCUUGUGUCCACCUUAUCUCAUAAUUUGGAAAUGGACAAUAGGUGAAACCUCUCUGAAGCACCCAUCACUCUGUAAAACACACAGCUCAAUCACAGCCCUUUUAAAUGCUGUCCCUAGCUUGCUUCAUUUCCUUCGGUCAGACUGAUCUGUGAUAACGCUGCAGCAAAGAGCACUGAGAAACCAAAACAAAAGGUGUGCUGAUAAACUCUUGAAACUCAUUUAUUAUUUUUAUUAUCAUUAUUAUUUAUGUCUAUAAUCAUUCAGUAUGUUUGAUUCUUCCUAUAAUAAUUUUCCCGGUAUGUCAUUCGAAAUAAAAAAAGCAGCAUUUUUGACUCCA